GAGGAGGAGGUGGUGGUGGUGGCGGUGGAAGUGUCGGUGGUCGACGUGCACCGAGUCUACGAUUGGUAAAUGGAAGAGCUACCACCGGGAUCAGUUUACACACCAGCAGCACAGAAUCUGUACGUUCGCCUCAUCACCAUCUCGGAUGCCAAAGCGCCAACAACAACAACAAUAAUAAUAAUAAUAACAACAACAACAACAACAACAAUAAUAAUAAUAACAACAACAACAACAACAACAACCACAAUAACAACAACAACUGCCACGCCGGUAACAACCCCGCCGCAAACAAUCAUCCAAGACUCAACAAAGAUGACAGCAUUAAAAUUAGCAUCGAGAAUACCAACACUUGUACAGAUAGUCUCGUCACCGCUUUAGACGACGAGGCGCUGCUCAUCACCGAUUUCUUAGCUGAUACAGGCAACGAAAUGAAUUACAAAGGGAGCGGAAAAGUCCAUUUCGGAGUGGACGAUGUGUCCCUCUAUGGGACGCCGAAAGAGGAACCGGGCCCGGGCCUCCCGGGCCAGGAGGUUAAACAGAGCUUCCUUAAGAAUCAACUUCAAGCUCUCUUUCAGCCGACGGACAACAAGCUUGCGAUGAAACUCUUCGGCAGCAAGAAGGCACUUAUGAAGGAAAGGAUCAGGCAAAAGGCGGCGGGUCACUGGGUCAUCCAUCCUUGCUCCAGUUUCCGAUUUUACUGGGACCUCUGCAUGCUCCUCCUUUUGGUUGCUAAUUUGAUAAUUCUGCCAGUUGCCAUUAGUUUUUUCAAUGACGACCUAAGCACUAGGUGGAUAGCCUUCAACUGCCUUUCCGACACGAUAUUCCUCAUAGAUAUCGUCGUAAACUUUAGAACUGGUAUAAUGCAGCAAGAUAACGCCGAACAAGUGAUAUUGGAUCCCAAGUUAAUCGCUAAACACUACCUCAGGACUUGGUUCUUUCUCGACCUCAUCUCAUCCAUACCACUAGAUUAUAUUUUCCUCAUUUUUAAUCAAUUUCAGGACUUCAGUGAGUCCUUCCAGAUCCUGCAUGCUGGACGUGCUCUCAGGAUUCUCAGGCUUGCAAAACUGUUAUCCCUCGUUAGGUUACUACGCUUGUCAAGACUGGUGCGGUAUGUCUCGCAAUGGGAAGAGGUCUAUAUCCCCCUUUAUCAACAGCCGGAGAGGCACUACGAGCGUCGGGCGUCACCGCCCCAACCAGACCGAACCAGCAAGAUAUUGCAGAACCUACAAAAAAAACGCACUGAGCGGAGGGGGCGCCUAAGUUCUGACAAUAUGAGUAAAAAGAAGUCCGGUUUCAGCAAAAGCGACCUUAUUUUUAAGUUCCUGAAUAUGGCGUCGGUGUUUAUGCGGAUUUUUAACCUGAUCUGCAUGAUGCUACUGAUAGGCCACUGGAGUGGUUGUUUGCAAUUUCUGGUACCCAUGCUUCAAGGAUUUCCCAGUAAUUCAUGGGUCGCCAUUAACGAAUUGCAAGAUUCGUUUUGGCUCGAGCAAUAUUCCUGGGCCCUCUUCAAAGCGAUGUCACAUAUGUUGUGCAUAGGUUACGGCAGAUUCCCGCCGCAAUCGUUAACGGACAUGUGGCUUACGAUGCUCAGUAUGAUCAGCGGUGCUACAUGUUACGCACUUUUCCUGGGACACGCGACGAAUCUUAUUCAAUCUCUUGAUUCCUCGAGAAGACAAUACCGUGAAAAGGUGAAACAAGUGGAAGAAUACAUGGCCUAUCGCAAACUACCGCGGGAAAUGAGGCAGAGAAUUACCGAAUAUUUCGAGCAUCGAUACCAAGGCAAAUUUUUCGACGAAGAAUUGAUACUUGGCGAAUUAUCGGAGAAAUUAAGAGAAGACGUAAUAAACUACAACUGCAGAUCGCUCGUCGCCUCCGUGCCAUUUUUUGCUAACGCCGAUUCAAACUUUGUCUCGGAUGUGGUCACCAAAUUGAGAUACGAGGUCUUCCAACCAGGUGACAUCAUUAUAAAGGAAGGUACCAUCGGCUCGAAAAUGUACUUCAUACAAGAAGGCAUAGUCGAUAUUGUUAUGGCAAAUGGCGAAGUGGCUACUUCAUUGUCAGACGGAUCUUAUUUUGGAGAAAUUUGUUUGCUGACUAACGCAAGGAGAGUGGCCUCGGUCAGGGCGGAAACCUAUUGCAACCUCUUCAGCCUCUCGGUGGAUCAUUUCAACGCCGUAUUGGAUCAGUAUCCACUUAUGCGUAGAACCAUGGAAAGCGUUGCCGCCGAGAGGUAUAAACUUUGGUUAAACAAAAUCGGUAAGAAUCCUAACUUGGUCGGGCACCGGGAAGAGGAUCUUGGCAGCGAAUCAAAAACGAUAAAUGCAGUGGUGAAUGCGCUCGCGGAACAGGCAGCACAUGCCAGUGCCAGCGAAGAAUCGGUGCAUAGCAUGGAACUCCGAACGAUGCCAACGUGCCUCCUACCGAGGCCAAAGUCCGAGAACAAUUUUGCAAGUCAAGAACUUACGAGGGAAGGACGUAGGGUCUUCCACAAAAGCGAUACCUUCCACAAGGACUCGUAUCAAUGACGACACUCAUUAUACUAGCAUACGGAGAGAUACUAAUGGCUCCUCGCUAGAACCUGGGUCUUUUUCCUGCGAAAUCAAAGACGCUAUUAUCAUCAGUUUAUGUGCCGAUUACUGGGCGAUAACUUUACGAUUAGGUGAAAACGGUCUACAUGUAGUGAUACGCCAUGCCAAUAGUCUUUUUAGCGAUCGGUUCCUAGCGCCUUCUUCUAUUUUCAUUCUCUCGUCCAGGAUUAGUUCAUAAAAAACUGUCAAUGAGGAAAAGACCCAAUACUCCAAUCAGCAACAACGUCUCGUCGACCGCAAUACUGUCAAUCAAUUUUUGACUCUAUGUCAACUUCUUCUGUGACUUUGUCUCCGUGUUGCCUUUUUAAUCGCAGUGACACGCGCCUACGCAUACAUUUUAUCUCUAUAUUAUAUACAUAUAUAUAUAUAUAUAUAUCAUCCCUCUGUAUCAAAGCGUAUUCUAUUAUUUUACUUUUUUAAUUAUCUUUCAUUAUCUUUUAUCUCUUAACAAAGUAUCCUGACUGCAAUAACAAAGACCGCAUUAAAAGAGAACAUAUAUAUAUAUAUGUAUAUGUAUUUAAAAGUAAUUUUUGAAAAGGCCAACAAGAAAUGAAAAACGACGCGAGACAUGAUCAUCAAGAUUAUAACAACAAAAUAAGCGAUCAAAGGUGCGUUUGAAUUUUCCUAUCAUACUUGUAAAAAUUCACGAAAAUAGAGCUGUAAAUAUAUUAUUGUACGAAAUGAUAAACGUACCUUUGAUGCUAGAUUUUAAACAGAUUUACAAUGUUACAAUGAACGUUCAAGAUAAUUCACAAAACAAGUUUUCUCUUUAUAUAACGGGAUACCAGAGAUUAAUGAUAUUAAACGUAACUAUGAUUUUAUUGGAUUAGAUUAAUUUUUUAAUUUCGGAAUAUGUCAAUAAUAGCGAGGGUGAAACUAUCGGAGACAAAAAAGUGUGUCCCGAUUGGUUUUAAAAAUAUAACAAAACGAAAGCUAACUUUUUUAACUUGACUGAUGCCAAGUCUAGUUGAAAAUUCACAGAAGAAGUAAGACUCUCGCAUAAUCGUUAGUUGUAUGCCAUUUUGGAGAACGUGGAGCCCCAAGUACGUGCCGCGAGCUUCUUCAUAUCGUAAUCACCCAAUUAAACAUCUCUUUCUAAACGAGUUAAUCGCGCUACACGAUUACGCAAGAGAACAAAAAGAACAAACGGAUGAAGAUCUCGUAGACGACAAAAGAAAAAAAAAAAAAACAGCAGGCCUAGAGAAAAUCGUUUGUAGAGUAUAUAUUAUAGUCCAUUUGUGAAAGUAGGUAAAUUAUCCUGAUAAAAGAAAAAUAUUAGUAUAACGACGCGUAAUUCUCUGUGAUUUUGUAAUUUGCCGUUUCGCACUUUAGGAGAAAAAAAAGAAAGAAAGAAAAAGAGAAGAGAGUAUAAACGAACAAUAUAAUAUAUUAGAAUUCACUAUUUCUUAAGAGACAAGAAGAAUAUAGAUGAUAACAUCAAAUUAUCUUCUAACUAAACAACAACAGCAGCAACAACAACAACAACAACAAAUAAAAUUCAUUUCAAUAAAAUGAAAAGUAAAGAGAAAAAAAGAAAAAAAGAAAUAAAAGAGAAAACAAGAUAAAUAAUAUACUUGUAAUACGAGGAAACACUGUCGAUAAGUUUACGAACGUGUUUUAUCUAUUUAAGGGCUUAAGUCGCACGUCCACAUCGAAGUGACAUUGUCGGGAAACGUUACUAGAAAAUAUAUAAAACAGGAUCAAUAAUAAUUGCGGAAUGAACGGUAUGUUUAAUAAAUGAUACGGGGAUGGGUAAAUAAAAAAAGAAAUGACACAACCAAAUAUAAGAGAAAAGAAAUAAGAGAGAGAGAGAGAGAAACAAAAAACACAAAAAGAAAGAAAGAAAGAAAGAACAAUUUCAAAUAAGACGUCCACGUAAAGAUAACGACAAUUCCGGUUAAAUAAAUAAAUAAAUAAAUAAAUAAAUAAAUAAAUAAAUAAAUAAAUAGAAAAAGAAGAAGAAGAAGAAACAAUUAUAUAAAAAGAAAAAAAAGAUAAAAGUUAACAACAUCAAACGUCCACAUUGAACCAAGAAAAAACAAGUUAGUUGCCUUUGAGAGAGAUGUCUCCUUUGAAUUUAUCGAGACGCCAUUUUUCCUUCGCUUAACUUGCGUUUCUCUAAGCUCCGUCUGAGAGUGCCUCACUAAACGAUGUUCUUAUUCCUAUUUUUCUUUUCUAUUCUUAUUUUUAGGUAUUAAAAAUAUUGUGAAGUUAAAAAGAAAAAGAAAAAAAAGCCAUAAAAAAAAAAAAAAAGUAAAGAAGAAAAGAAAUAACAUUUCACGACGAUGUCGCGGGGCGCCUCUACUAGUACGCAUUGGUAAUACCGCAAUCAAAAAAAAGAUCUGAUGGGGAAAAAAACAAAUAGAGAAAAAAAAAAGAAAAAAAACAUUAUUGAACGUCAAUUAUAAUCGAGUCUUAUAAACGAAACUAUCUAUCGUCGGAGACGCGUAUUUAAAAUAUCUAUGCGCGCGCGCGAUGUGUUUAAAAACAAGUUAGUUUUAUAGCGAGUCCAAAAAAUACGCGGGAAAACGUGUAUAAAUAUAUAAGAACUAUUUAACAAUUAAACACACACACAAAUACGAAGAGCAAUUUUCGCACUUAAGUGUGUACGCUACUCGCAUGAGGAGGAGGAGGAGGAGGAGGAGGAGAGGAGGGGUUUUACGAACUUAUUUAUUUCAUCUUUCAAUUUCGCCUAAUUCCAUACACACAUAUAUAUAUACAUACGCGGACACACACAAACAAACACACACAUCAUUAAAUAAUAUCAUCUUUGAAAAACUUUAUCGUUCAUCAUUAGGUGACGUACGCGCACACAUAAUAUACAUACAAACACAACAAAUUUACAAACGAAGAAGAAGUAACCACUACGCACACAUACACAUACUGUUACACAUUCGUAAAUAAAAGUGCAUCCUUCUUCUUUCUUUCCCUCUCGUUAAUAACGUUGUCAGUCGGAACAGGAAAAAAGGAUGACGACGACGAAGGACAACGACAAACAAACAAAAAAAAAAAAAAAAGAAAAAGAAAAAAAUACGUACAUACCGUAUAUUUAAAAAAAAAUAUCUCAAACGUAUUUCCAACGACGUUACUUCGUUAUGGACGCUUCGGCAUUAGCUUCGUAUUGUACUUUCAUAGGAAAAAACCCCGCGUAUAAACGUUAAGACGAAUGCCAUGCAAUACUCUAAGAAAUAAAAAUAGGAAUAUAGGGUUGGAACUUAUAUAUUCCAUAAUAAAAAAAAAAGCUUGCCAAUUAUACGGUAAGAAUUUAUUUUCGAAUUUCAAGACCGAUAAGAAGCCUUACGUUUUUGGAGCUUGCUUCUUUAGCAUUAUUUCACGGAGAGAAAUUUCUAUACCUCUCUUGUAUUCCUAAAUUACCACCACCCCCCCCCCCGCCUCCCGCCCCACAUCUCCUUAACUCACCUUUUCCUUCCCUUCCAUGCUUUCCUGUCUUCAAAUUAGGUCGCGCUUCGACAGUUUAGUGGUAUCGUUAGAAAACGCCGGGUUGUGAAUUCGAAUCGUUAAAAUAUAAAGAGAGAGAAGAAAAAAAAAAGAAAGAAGAAAAAAAAAAAAAAGAAACAUAAUUGAUUCAAACCAACAACAAUAACAACAACAACAACAACAACAAAAAGUCACACAUUAUUCGGAAAAAAUUCGGGAGGCCGUCCUGUAGUGAGACGUUUAACGCGGAGUAUCGUGUUUAUAUCCGUGGACGCAUUGAAAUGCGAGAUAUGUGUUUUAAAAGGAAAAAUCUGAUACAAAAAAAAAAAGAA